AUGGUCUACUGCGGUAAGCCAUCACGGGGCUGCCAGAUGUGCAGGGCCCGAAGAAUCAAGUGCGAUGAGACGAAGCCCACCUGUAACCAAUGCGCCAAAUCCAGGAGACAAUGUCCUGGAUACAAGGACGAGUUCGACCUCGUCUUCCGCAAUGAGACACAGGCUACUGAAAGAAGAGCUCGCAAAGCCAGCAAGAAGGCCUCAGCUCAGAAGCAAGGCAAACUCAGCCCGGACGCAGCUUCAAAGGCCGUUGCCAUCCACAGACCAACUCCCGAUCAGUCUAUUUUGUCAACACUUCAGCUUCCAGUAGAGCAACAGGCUACUUGUCACUUUCUGUCAAAUUUCGUUCUCCUUCCUGCCCACGAUCACACGCGUGGAUGGAUGGAAUUCGUCGUUCCUCUUCUUAAGGCUGAACAGACAAAACCGGCUCCCCAUUUUAAGCUGGCUUUCGAGGCUUGUGCCAUGGCUUCUCUCGGAAAUCGCGUUGGCCCUGGAUGCAAUUUUGAGAACAAGGCUUUGGGACAUUACACUAAAGCACUUUCUGCCACGUUCGGAGCUCUCAAGGAUCCGGUUCUAUCCAAGGAAGACUCUACCUUGGCCGCUGUACUCCUCCUUGGACUAUUUGAAAACAUUACUGCAAAGCAAUUGGGUAUGCUUGCUUGGGGCUCGCACAUCGAAGGAGCCAUCCAUCUGGUCAAGUCCAGAGACAAGAAGCAAAUACAAACGAAGCAGGGUCUGGCUCUUUUUGUGGCUACACGGACACAGAUGAUUAUUCACACAUUAACAACUGGCACACCCCCAGCCAUGGGAGUGGAAUGGUGGAUUACUGACAGCGUCAAGAACCACUAUGGAGCCGAGUGCCAACGACUCAACAUCCGUACAGCAGAGCUCAGGGCUGAAUCUAACCGCCUAAUGGCGUCUUUGAGUCGAGGUCCUGAGAACAUCGAAAUAUUACUCGACAUCAUUCGUCGAUGCCAAACACUUGACCAGCAGCAUGUGGCUUGGGCGAAUUCCUUGCCCGAGUAUUUCCACUACAAGGCAGUGGCUUGGGAAGAUAACGUGCCUAACGGCGACUAUAGCCUGGCCGAGGUGUUCCCCGGUCGAAUUGACGCCUAUCAAGAUCUCUGGGUCGUCAGCGUGUGGAAUUUGAUGCGUUGCUCUCGCAUCAUCUUGGCCUCUCUCAUCGUUCGCUGCGCUGCCUGGGUUUGCGCUCCGGUCGAUUACCGCACGACCCCCGAGUACGCAACUGCCGCCAGGACGUGCGUCGACACCAUCACAGAUAUUAUUGCCUCAGUUCCAUAUCAACUAGGAUGGUUUAGCAACCGCAGGGACCUCCUUGAGAGAGCCAAUCUAUCCGCGUUCGGUUGUGGAGAGGAAGAUGCUCUCAAGGGUCUACCAGGAUAUUUCCUGACUUGGCCCCUGACCUGUGUCCAGGGUCAGGACUACACAACUGAUGCGCAGAGAGCAUGGGUCAAAGGCCGACUUCGAUUCAUCGGCAACCACCUCGGUGUCAGAUAUGCCAAUGUCCUUUAUCAACUUAACCUUCGUGUGCCAUCAAUGCUCAUCCGCCGAGACGGGCUAAUGGCCAGCCCAUAUCCUGGAGCAUACAAUUUCGAGAAGUUGUUGUCGUCCAAAACAGCGCCCGCAAUGGCAGGAUUUAAUAUGAAUCCCAUUCAGCAACAUGACGCUAUGAAAAAGGAGCAAGCCUAUACUCAGAAGCAUGAGUUGCUGACCAAGGCCUGUGGGACUUUGAACAAUGAUGAGAGGGUAGCCCAAGGUCUGUUGCAGCUUUAA